CAGUGGCUGUAGUAGUUCAGCAGAGACUUUCAGUAACGCAAGUGUUUUGUGCAGUUCUCUUAACCGAGUGUGCUUUUGUUCCUUUGAGUGCUUUUAUUCCAUUUUGGAAGAGCAAUGGGAAAUAAGCUCUGUAAAAAGAAAUCGGAUGCUGUGGAUAAUCCUAAAUCGCCGACACCUUUUGACAGGAUCAUUAACAGAUUACAUUUACGCCCGAAUUCAUGGAAGUCGGAUUCCCAUUUAAACCAGAAGCAGGUCAAUAGGUGCAAAACAAAUCCGAACGAUCCAAACUGCCGAAAAGACAACAUCACGAAAACCAAACCCCUUUCGAAAUCAUCCGAUUGGACGGACGUCGCUUUGGAAGUACCGGAAAAGGAUGACGCCAUUCAUUUACCGAACCCCAAACUGGCCCUCAUUUUUGAUAACGACAGCAACACGCCCACGCCGCCCCCCAGAAAACACAAGAAGGGCUUUAGGGAGAAAAUCGAAGCGGUGGCAAAAACUGGACUUCAAGCUUUCCAGUCUAAGAAGCCCGUAGAAGAACCCCUCUGUGUCAAGAAAACUGUCAAUCCAACUUGCCCGGUAGACGACCACGAUUGUGCCAUACACAACAGAAACCACAAACACGAAAGAACGAACGAAGCGAACGAGAAAAAGAGUGUGAAGAAUAUCGAAGAUGAAACGAAACAAGCCAAACGAAGGAAAAAUUUAUCAGUAGUGUCUUUGCCGAAUUAUAACGAGCUUAAACUUUCACUAGCGACUUUCGACGACAUUGAUAAAAAUCCCGAUGAGGGUGAAAACAAUUCUUUAGUAUCACUACCAAACGAACCCAAAAAACUGACAACGGCAGCUUCCACAGGAAAACUUGAAACGUGCAUGACGAGGUGCAGGAGUUUCGGGUCUUUGCUUCCUCAACAACUUCUUGAAAAACUAAGAGUAAGAAAAAUUCCCAUCGAUAUAGAAAGUGAUGACUCUUUUGGAGGACUCGAAGACUGGGAUCUUCGUAUUAUCGAACACUAUAACCCCACAGACACCAGUUUACCCCGACAAACUAAACCACCUAGGAGCAAGCAAGAUAUUCUUUCAGACGUCGAGAAUUUAAUCAUCGCUGAUGAAGAAAUCGAGCAACCGAAAGCUCCUACGCGAAGAUCGGAAUCUUUGCUGAAGAAAAUUAACCGAGAGGCGUCAGAAUCAGCGCUAGAACGAAGACCAAAUACGGAAAGAGCCGUGAGUGUGACGCCGCCACCGUCACCUGAGUAUAAAGAAGAAGACAAGCAAUCGUUUGUAAGUUCUGAUAAGUUACCGACGGAAGAGAACGGACAAGUUGAACAUUCAAGUCUGAUGAAAAUUUUAGAAGAGUUUAGUAUUAGAGAUAAGCAGAAUUCGUUAAAGAAAGGACAAAGGCUUAUUCAAGAGCCAAAAAUAGCCGCAACGAUGAAUAAUCAUCCCAUAAUAAUUCCAACGAACGUUGAGCUCCAAAAAAAGAUCGAUUCGGUGGAGGAUUUUCUCAAUAAUGAGAAGUUGUACAUAAAUGGGGACAUGCAGCACGUUGAAAUGGUAAAAACGUGAAAUGGAGAGCGAGUCGAAAUAAUUGGUGACGUCAUAUUUAAUAUGGCGAGCUCCUACGUGAAAUUCUUUGUGUGAUUUGAAGUUGUUGUUUAUUUUUGUACCUAAAUUAUUAAAUCGUGCUGUAAGAAAGUUCGUGUAAUUAAUCUAAUUGAUAAGGUAAUGUGUAUAUGAAUAGAUAAUUGUACAUAGAAUUAUGUAAUAACAGAGUAGAUGGAAAUUAAAUAAUCUUGUAAUUUA